AUGCCAAAGUGGGACGACGCCGCCGACCGGCAGAUGCUCCUCAGCAUCAUCAACCUCGCCGCACCCAAGAUCGAAUGGGAGCAGCUGCGCGCCAGCAUGGGUGAGGAGUACACCCUCGAGUCGCUCAAGUACACCACACCCCAUUCCGACAUCUUCUCCAAAUUCUCCCCACUGACUUCUUUUCCCCCGCAGGCAGCGUUAUAGGAAACUGCGUAACCUCGCCAAAGGAAACCCAGCAGGGGCCACCGCGCCCGCUACGCCGUCGUCGGAGAGGGAGAAGGAGAAGACGACUCCGGCCAAAAAGGGCACGGCGAAGAAGGUUACUGGCAAGCGUAAGGCUGUCGAAGAGGAGGGGGAGGAGCAGGAUGAUGAUGAUGAGGAGACUGCCGCUGCUGCUGCUAGCACGAGGAGGAAGGUGAAGAAGGAGAAGUUGGAGGAGGAGGAGGAGGAGGAGGAGGAGGAGGAGGAGGAGGAGGAGGAGGAGGAGGAGGAGGAGAGUGAGGAUGAGGAUGAGAAUGAAUUUUUGGCUUAGGCUGGCAUCUUCCUCCGACAACUUCGCGCCUCGAGGGCCUGAUGAUGCGCCGGGCGGAGGGACACCAUAACCAGAGAGAGACCCACUCGGGGCAAGAGCGGUUGCCUGGGUCGAUACUGCUGCGGCUGACCCGCUGGGACUGCAUGUGA